AUGGACACCCCAGGCAGUCCCCAUAACCAACUUACUCUUCCGCAAUCAGCCUUCAAAAACGAAGCCGCCGAAGAUCCCUACUUGUCGGGCCCUUCUGAAUUAGAAGAUUUCUCCUUCGAAAACCACCCCACCCCAGGCGGAUCGCUGCAUCAAGACCCCGCCAGCCGGUUUUCUCCUGUUUCUUCCCCGUCCGUCGAGCGAAUAUCAAACCACCCCAUGCAGAGCUAUGACUACGGAGAGAACUCUUUCGAUCCUCCAAAUCUUUUUGACUUUGACUUGUCUGGUUCGUCAGACCCCGGCAUCCUCAGCAGUGUCACCACUUCCCCCGGCCCCGACGAUCUCCUAUUGAGAAAUAACGGCGGCACGGGCCAACUCUCUUCUGAUUUCGGCAUUGUCGACUAUCAAAUGCCUCCAAAAAAUACAAAGAAGCGGCAAGCGUCGGUGGAAUCAUUCGGCCAGGCUCCUGUGGGUUCAGAUUUUGUCACCGCCUUCCCUACCUCUGUUAGCCAAAACCCGGGCUUCAUGGCAAUCGAUAAUCCUCAACUCACCAGGCUUAACAUCCCGGAUCCUGUUCAUGACAUGGACAGCUUAAGUCUCAAUCGUACGCCAACCUCUAUACCAUCGCAGAGCCCCCUCGUAAAAGUAUCUACCUACACUCGAGGUGAUUCUCCCACAAGAGAUGAAAGCGAAAGAGAUCGGCGCAGGAGUAGCCGUUCCUCCAUUCACCUAUCCCCAAGUCAUGAGAACAAUGACCAUAGUGAACUGUACGAUGACAACACUGGCUUGGGUCUUGUCAACACCAAUACACGCGCCGAAGACGGGUCAUGGAUCCCCAACCCUACUACCGGACAUGCAGGUCUUGAUCCGUCAGUCCGUGGUGACGAGUUCGUUCCUAGUCCAAAAGAGGUAGAAGAAGGGCGUUACCGUGCUGAGAAGAAUGUCGACAUCGAGAUCUGGUCGGCGUCAGUCUCUGUCGCCAAUAGCGAUGCAGGCGAUGAGUACCUUGCUCCGAAUCAAAACACUCGUCAAAGGCCACGAUCGGUGAGUGCUAUCGAGACACGACAAGACUACUUUAGUAUCAUGCAGCGUGAUGACUAUAACAUCCCCGGCCCUGGUCAGCUUAUCCACGAAUCUGAUCCCGGCAGCGACUUUGAAACGGCCUCACAUGAUGGUUCUGCAGGCUCGUCUGACGAUGGGCUUCCUUCGCUAGAAUAUUGCAUCGAAAAUGACCCCAUAGCUCGUCAACUCAUCCUUCAUGUUCCCUGGAAAGAUCACCCCCAUCUUGCUCUACCUGUAUAUACCAAGUCUCAGCCUAACACUUCGCGGGAUGCGAUGCAACUCUACGAGGACCUUUCCAAGGAAUUCGAGACUGCGUCGCGUGUGGCAACCUGGGGGACAAGACGCCUGGCUAGCAGUGAAGUCGACAGCUUGCUUGAAUCUGACGGCUUUCUCAAGAACUUGUCAAUCAGCAAAUCCAGUCUAUUGAAGCUGCUGCCAAGGAGAAGCAACAGCGCUUCCAAACACAAAAGGCAUCUCUCCCAAACAGGCUCACAGCGAUCCAGCUUUGAAGGCGAGCAGCCCCAUCAAGAUCUUGAAAGCAAGAGAGAAAGUAUAGCUGGGUCAAUGCUGUCUCGGCGAUCAAGUUUAAAUCGACCAAAGUCUCCCAAUGGUGUUCUAGCAGCCGCCAUGUUUGCGAGCCAGAUGGCCACUAGUAUUGGAGGUCAUAGUUCCAUUUCAGCUGCCCCCACCGCUACUCAUAAGGGCGGCCUCAGUCCCGCUACCCUUAUAAACCGUUUCAGAAAUCGGAGCAAAAGUGAGGGUGCUCGCGCCGCGCCUGAUCUACAAGAAUUGAAUCUGGAAAAACCACGCCCUCCGAUAGUCCCAACACCUUCGCAUCAACUUCAGACUCCCGCUGCCCCCCGAAUUGAUGACGGUGACGAUGAUGACGACGACUCAAUGGACGACAAGGGUGUCCUCAUGAACCUGGCGCCUUCGUUACAGCAGAUUGUACCGACUCAGGAUGGUUUCCGGAGGCAAAUCUCUUCUUUGAACCCCCGUUUAGCACAGCAGCUAGUAGACCGUUUUGCUAAUGAACAAAUACGUCGUUUCACGAAGCUAAUCGAGGAUAACAACAAACACGCAACAGCGGUGAAAAGGGGGAAAUGUGGCGCCCAUCAUCGCUGUUUUGCUUCUGGGGGAGAAGCGCACAUUCUACCCCCCAAAACAAAUCCUAAAGAUCCCAGUGCCACCCACUGCCAGUUUCAAAUAUCGGGACCAGAGGCUAGUGAUGAUGAGAGCAAAGGGCUCAUGGAUGGUACUAUUGCACCUGCUAUCUUUCCACUUGGCGUGCCUAUUCCUCCAGUCAAGAAGCUGCCUGCUGAGUUUGAAUGCACUCUAUGCUUCAAAGCCAAAAGGUUUUAUAAGCCAUCUGACUGGACUAAGCACGUGCAUGAAGACAUACAGCCCUUCACUUGCACUUUUCCGAACUGCGGUGAGCCCAAGUCGUUCAAGCGCAAGGCCGACUGGGUGCGUCAUGAAAAUGAGCGUCAUCGACAUCUAGAAUGGUGGGCUUGUAACAUGGCAGAAUGUGACCACAUAUGUUAUCGAAAGGACAAUUUUGUUCAGCAUUUGGUGCGAGAGCACAAGAGGCCCGAACCAAAGUCGAAGAAAACCAAGUCUCCAGCCAGUGGCGGCACCGAAGAGCAAGAAGUAAGCUUUUGGAAGCAGGUGGACGAAUGUCACAAGGAAACAGACAAGUCGCCUACAGAAGAACCUUGCCGGUUCUGCGGAAAUGUCUGUGACGAUUGGAAAAAGCUUACAGUACAUCUGGCGAAGCACAUGGAGCAGAUCGCCUUACCAAUACUGCAACUAGUGGAAAAACACUCUUCUACGACAAAUAACAGAGUCAACCCCACGAAGAAAGCUACUUCUAUUUCUCCGAUCAGUCCAGCACCAAGCGCCGGCAUACCAAGCUACUCUUCAGAUGGUGUUGCAAAUACAGGGCCCUCGAUGAACGGCACAAUGAUGGCUCAGCAAGUUUCAUAUGGUAGGAGUCAACCCGGCGAACAGCCCCAUCUACAGCCUACUCAAAGUCCUCUUCUAUUGAGCCCUACCAUGGGCCAGUCGGACGUGCCGCAAGGCACAACGUAUCCUCCUCCCUCUCAUUAUGCAGUCUCGUCCUCGUCUUAUCUGGACCCUCAUUAUACACCAGUUCACCGGAACUCAAGGUCUUAUCCUCCCGCCAACCCCAUGCCUGCCCGGCAGCAGACAUCAUUUGUUCCCAUGGCCGAAGGAAAUCCCUUCGAGUUGACUAUUUCUACUGAUGGAAUUACUGAGCCGCCGCAACAGCUGUACCAUUCCCCCACAGCUGAGAAUAUCGGCAACAACAACAACAACAACGCCUAUGAUACCACCUCCAGCUAUCCGGAUCUUCUCGAUCUACUUCCUGAAAAGCAGCCAGCAUUGACUAUUGGAAGCAGUCCGGGUUUUAAUACCGAGCUAUUUCUUCCUCCUGUGGCAUUGAGUCAUGCACAUUUAGAAGAAGUCUGGAGUCAUCUUCGCAUUGCUUCAGGAAAUAAAGGGCCACUGGAAACCCAGUGCGGAAACAGAAACGUGACAUUAUUACCCAGUCAGGCGUGUUUUAACUUAUCCAGCCACCAGUGUUAUCCGAAAUUCCAUUGCGGAAGAUAUGUUGAUUCUGCUGAUUCUACAUAUGGAAGCCAACCCAGUUCUGUUGAUGCGCAAUCAGUGGACGGUUCUUUGUGCCCUAGAGAAUCAAAAUCAGUUGCUCGAAGAAGCCCGAGUGUGACGUCUUCUUCGCGGUUAAGUUGGGCCGAAGAUCACGCUGCUCCUAUACAUCCUCUUCUGGAAUUUAAUUUAGGGCGCCCUCUUGUUGAUGGAGACGAGUCGCUUGCAUGUCGUUUAUGUCCGUGGGUAGGCAAUACUCCGUCGGAGAAAAGAAAGCACGAUGCCCGCCACAAAAAGACUCAUAUCUGCGAAAUCUGUGACGCAGGUUUCGGCACCCAAAACGAUCUAGAGCGCCAUCGAAAAGCGCGGCAUCAGAAGACACCCCGAUGCGGCCCUUCUGAGAGAUUCAAGUGUUUUGGCCGUAGUUGCAGUAGUCCUGACAAGCUGUGGCCGAGACGGGAUAAUUUCAAAGCUCAUAUUCAGCGGACGCAUAAAGAUGAAAAUCAGAAUGAGCUGAUGCGUUUGUCAAAGGAAUGGUAUGAACAGAAUAAAUACAUGGCCAACAACAACACCGAGGAGGAAAUCAAAGUGAAAGAAACUUGUAAAGACGAAAAUAAUAAGUCGACGAAACUAGACACGUUUGUCGAUGACGGUGUUACUUCUAGAAAGCGUCUCAAAGAUGAAGAUACUUCCAUUUCCGUUCCAGAAGAGACUAUAAAAAACUUACAGGCUGAUGAGAUACUUCUGGGGAAGUCUCCGAAUUACUCCCAUAGAUCCGAUGUGAAGCUACCAAGUGUUGAAAGUAUGCUUAAUUCUAAUCAUCUGCAAGAACCUGAUAGUUCUGAAGAGCAAAAGACCGGGGCAUUGCCUAGCAUGCGGUCAUUCGAACGCGGGGUGGCUCUCAUGGAAGCAUUGGCCUUGCAAAAGCUGGGAACACAGGCGAGUCCUUCUCAACAUCAAAAGCAGCAAACCAGUCCAGAGACCAUCCCCUCGGGUGUAAGCUUGCACAGAAACCCUCAGGGUAAUCUGCCUAAUGUUGGGAACUUUUCUGAAAAGGAAAGGGCUUUCUGGCUGAAUAUAGUAGCAGAUAUGAGAAAUGAAUUGACCCAGCAGACUUCACACAACGUUGGAGAUGAGGAUGCGAAUGAGCAAACAUUGGACUAUUCAAGUGUGAAGAAAUCCAAUCGAGCGAUAUGUGUCAACAAACUAAUGACGCUUGGCAGGAAGCACAUCGCUCGACAUGAGAAACGCUACGGGUGUACAUUUACCGACUGUUUCAGAGUCUUUGGCAGCAAAGCCGACUGGAAACGCCAUGAAAACACUCAACAUUUCCAUUCUCGAAGCUUCCGCUGCUUUUUACUUGACGCAUCUCACAAAGAGUGUGCAAAGCUAUUCCUCCACGAGGAGAAAUACAGAGAGCAUUUGGUGGAAUACCAUUCCCUCAACGACACUAAAGAUAUUGACAGCCACGUGUCCAAGAACCAGAUUGGCAAGAAUGGACAGACUCAGUAUUGGUGCGGCUUUUGUCGCCAAAUCAAGCGUCUCAAGACAAAAGGGCUGGAUGCUUGGAAAGAGCGGUUUGAUCAUAUUGACUCGGAGCAUUUUCGGCAGGGACAGAGUAUUGGAGAUUGGCUUCCGCCAUCGGGGCAUAUGGUCAAGCGGGAUUUGGAGAUUCUGCAACGAGAAAAUACUAAAAAGAAACAACUUGACAAUCAGGAUGAACUCGUGAGCGACAGUCAUGAUGAAAUUGAUAGCCUGUCUGGCGAAAACGUUGCGAAAAGCGGGCGAUACCAGAGCGAAAGAGAAACGGCUCGAGAAAAAACCGCUGACAUGAGUAGUGGGGAUGACUCUGACUCUGCAUCGGAAGUGGCAGAUGCUCUUGAUAGUAGUAGGCGUUCGCCGUCUAUCUCUCUAGAAGACUCGCGGAAGAGGAAAGCUAGAGACUUUUCUUCUCCUUGCAACGACGACUACCGUGUCCAAGAUAUUCAGUACAGAUGGAAUAAGGUUAUUUAUUGU